GACUUAUCUAUUGCCAGUUGUGAUCUGGUCGUUGCUCGCGCUGAACGCACUCUCUUCUAGCUGUCGACUCUUACUUUGUACAUACAUACUGAUACUUUACAAACAUUAAUGUAAUACAACAAAUUGUUUCGCUUAUUAUUUUGGUUAUAUUUUACUAAAUAACAGUCUUUAUUGUCUCGUCAACAUUUGAGUGUUAAUGUUGCAAAUACACUGGUGUAAUAAUAAGCAGUUCCACUAAUUUAGCUAGAUAUAAAAAAGCCUAAACAUGCCAAAAAAACCAAAGCGACGCGAUAAAUCCGAUUUGGGUCCCGAUUUCGUGGCGCCCGAUGGCGGUUGGGGUUGGGUUGUCUGCAUAGCUGCCGGUCUAAGUAAUCUGGCCAUGUAUCCACCAUUACAACAAUACGGCAUGAUUUACCGACAACGCAUGUUCAACUUGGGAUUCUCUGCCAAAGAGACCACCACAAUCGCGAAUAUUAUGUUGAGUUUAGCGUCAUUAGUUGGCAUUGUUAAUGGCGCCAUGUUUCGGCGUUUUACAUUUCGUCAGGUUGCCAUUGUCGGUAGUAUUCUGAUAUUCAGUGGUAUCCUCUUAUCAGCAGCGUGUACGACAUUUUGGCAGUAUGUGCUUUGUGUAUCGGUGAUAUAUGGCAUCGGUCAGGGUCUCAACGUGAGCGCCUUGUCGCUGGCCGUGAAUACAUACUUCAAAAAUCGACGACGUCGUGCAUUCGGCUUUAUGUGGACAAUCACCGGUUUGGGACCCAUUAUAUUUCCGCAUUUCACCUCUCUUAUACUAAUCUACUAUGGUGGUCCGGGUACAAUACAAAUUUAUGCUGCAAUCUCGCUAAACGUCUUUCUCUGUGCUUUGACGUUGCAACCAGUAUCGUGGCAUACUUCGAAGGCGCCGACGCAAAGUGAGACGAAGUUGAAAGAACCUGAAAUAGAAGAUGUUAUUAUUGGCACGAUGCCCUCAGCUAUGCCACAGCUUGAAAUGGUUGAGCCUGAAUGCAAGUAUUGUCAAUAUAUGAAGCGUAGCAGACCCAGUGUGGACGCAACACAAUUCGAUUUUGACGAACAUGACUUGGCUGUGCCGAGUCUUGAGGCCAGUGAACCGGACACGCCAUUAAUGUCACGCGCCAACGAUGAAUUCGGCUCGAAGUAUUCACUAAAAUAUACGGGAAAAACUAUGAACUUGCCAAAUAAAGUUGGGCAGGAUAAGGGAGCGUCCUCGCUAACCGCGCCUAUCGCUGAGGUGGAACAGGAUAAUACUCGUACUGAUGUUGAUGACAAUUUACCAGCCGAAUUUCGUUGCACCUGCGCAGAGGAGCAAGCAUUAUUGCAAAAUUCCAACAGUGUUGAAGUGAAAAGUUCGCCAAAAAUCUUGGUAGAAAACCAAGAGAAGACUCAGCAAUUAAACACGGAGUUAGACGUGCACACGGCCAAAUUGAGUCUCAAACAGAAAGUAGUGAAAUUCUUUGACUUGGAUCUGUUGAAGGAUUUCACUUUUGUCAAUUUAGUGUUGGGCAUGACUGUGAUGAUGUUUGCCGAGAUAAACUUCUCCAUUUUGAUACCCUUCAUUUUGGAUCAGUACGGUUAUAGUAAUGAACAAAUCUCAACCGCUAUGUCCAUGCAGGGUGGCAUGGAUAUCUGCGUGCGCUUUCUAGCACCAAUUGUGCUCGAUAAAGUUGGCAAGUUGAGCAAUCAGGUAUUAUUUGCAUUUGGCAUUAUUGCUAUCUCGCUCGGACGUCUGUUGAUUACGGUAACCGACUCCUAUCGUGUUACAUUGGCACUCUUUGUGCUCAUCGGUUUCGGUAGAGGUUUCCGUACGAUAUUUUCUUCACUUAUUAUACCAACUUAUGUGCCUUUGAAUCGUUUGCCCGCUGCAUCCGGUCUACAAUUGGUCUGUAAUGCGUUAUUUACACUUUGUGUGGGUCCCAUUUUAGGCGUCAUCACCGAUGCCUCCAGUUAUACAAUAACAAUACAUUUCCUAAAUUUAUUAACCUCACUUGCCUUGCUCUUCUGGUUGUUGGAGUACCUGGUGCGUCGCAUGGUGACGAAAAAGUCCAAAACAGCAACAUAAGGGUAAUCUUAUAGUUCUUAGUUGAAAAUUGUAUAGAAUGUAAAUAAAUCAAUUCGAGAAUUAGUACUUAAUAAAGCUCUAUAAAAUUU